AUGUCCUUCAAUACCGCUUCCAAUGCAGGGAACUUCUUUCAGACAGACACUUCCUUGGCCGAGAACGAUCGAAAAGGCCGUAAGGCAGCCAACACCCUCGGCGACCCUGUCAGAUUCUCUUCUAAGCUAUUAGAUGUCGAGGCCAAUUACUUCUUUGAUGACAGUGGGGAUGUAGUCUUCGUUGCGGAGGCUUCAGGGUCGGUCACCGGCCUCCGUCUGUCUACCAAUGAAAUAUCAUCCACUCCCAGAGGACCACAGGCACCUCUGACCAGCCUUGCCUAUCAUGCCACCAAAAGUACUUUAGAUCCUUUUACAACCAUGUACAUUUUUGCCGGCUGCUGGGAUAAGUCGAUAUGGAGGUAUACGUUCCGAUUUGCAGACGAGACGACACAAGGUCGACAAGUCACCGAACACACGAGUUUCCCCGCCCACAGAGACUUUGUCAAAUGCCUGCUUGUCGCUCGCACACCCGACGGGCGGGACAUACUGAUUUCAGGCGGCACAGAUGGAGACAUCCGGUUUUGGACCUUGGACGGUCAAUCGUUGGGUUGGCUCAAGCCUAACUGCCGGGGCAUUGAAUGCAUCGUACUCGAUCCUCUGUCCUCGCCCGACUCACCCGUGGUGAUGUUUUCCACCUCGAAACAGGAAAUCUUUUUCUUUACAUUACCGGAUUCGACUGAUAUUGCGUCGGGCAAGCUGGGACUCUCACCGCCUCUCCUAGUGCACGAAACAGGUGUCUACCAGUUACACUUCGACGAUGACGGCGAUCUAUGGACCGCGUCUGCAGACAACACCGCGAAACAUCUCUCGAGAAACGACAAUUGGAAUGUGGACACGACCUUGGUGCAUCCGGACUUUGUGAGAGACGUCGUCACCCACGACACGUACGGUUGGGUAAUAACGGCAUGCCGCGACGAAGAGGUUCGCGUAUGGAACAAAGCAACGGGACAGCUUCACCAUAUCUUUACCGGACACUUCGAGGAGGUGACCCGUCUUUGCCUGGUAAAUGACUUGCUUAUUAGUGUAAGCAUUGACGCGACGCUGCGUAGAUGGAGCCUUGCCCCUACAGAUUUGGAGAAGGCCGUACAGGAGGCCAAGCAGCCCAGGCCACUUGAGCAGGAGCCUGAGCCUGUGACUGAGUUGCCCAUGCUGACCGAAGAGGAAGAAGCCGAGCUACGAGCAUUGAUGGAGGCGGAAGAGGAGGAGAUGCUAGACAAGAUGGCGAGAGAUGAGCAGUGA